AUGUUCAAAGGCUGGUCUUGUAUACCCGAGUACGUCCAGCUCGUGAAGGCACGGUACAUGCGACGAGCACAAGCACAAGCUCAGCAACAAGCACAAGCUCAGCAACAAGCGCAAGCUCAGAAACAAGCACAAACUCGGCCAAUGCAGCAAGGCACGGCACAACCCGUCCAACCUGGCCCGCCUAAGCACCACAGCAAGUACAAGCUCAGCGACAAGCACAAGCUCAGCGACAAGCACAAGCUCAGCGACAAGCACAAGCUCAGCGACAAGCACAAGCUUAGCAACAAGCUUAGCAGCAGCAAAUGCAGCGGGGGAUGGCACAACCCAUCCAAUCUGGCCCGCCCAAGCACAACACCAAGCACAAGCUCAGCAACGUCCAACCUGUCCCGCCCAAGCCUGAAACCCUCGCAGUCGCCAACUUCCUCUGCAACCAAGACCUCAAGACGCGGAGAUGUAUCUUUCGACAAAAGCGAAAAGAUAUGUUAG